GCUGGUCUGAAAGUGGUGGAGAGACACAGAACCACAGGGGAAGAGGGAGAUAAUGACAAUAACAGUAAUAACCCUAAUAACCCGGGUGCUGCCUGCGCCGCAGCGAGGAGCCAGCCCGGCGUCCCGGCACUGACGGGGCCCGAAGCCGCAGAGAGAGAGGAGUAACCCCGGCGUCCCUCGAGAGCUUCUCCCCGCGCCCGAGGAGCGCCGGACGGUAACAUCGGCAGCGCCCCCGAGGAGCACCGGGCUCGGGGGGACGCGGAGAGGAGCCGGCUCCGGCAGCCACCCGCCCGCUCGCACCGGCUCCGCGGAGGCCUCCUCGCCCCUCUCCUCCGGCCCCAUGGAGCAGCGGGAGUAAAGAGCGAGGAGGACAAAAAGGGGGGCAGAAAGAGAGCGAGCGCGCCCCGGUGGGGGAGAAGGAGGUGGAAGCCGGAGGAAGCGCCCCGUCCCCCGCCUCGCUGCCGAAGGCGGCAGGGCACCGCCGCCUGUCCUCGCCGUCCACCGGCGGGGGAAGGGGCCAGCCCCCUGCCAGCGACACCCGGGGCGGCCGGGUGAGGCGGGCGCGGAGCCCCGCUGCCCUGCUCUGCCCGCACUGCCUGCCCUGCCCUGCCUGUCGCCGCGGAGCUGUCCAAGCCGGCGCGGGGGCAGAAACCCCCCGGGCCCCCUCGCCGCCCUUGAGGCCGCGCCGAGGGGCGGGGGUCGCGCCCGCCCAGCGGAGCCGCGGGGAGGCCGCCGGCGCCGCCGCCGCCGCCAUGAAGCUGGAGGUGUUCUCGCAGCACUACGAGGACAAGCUGAGCGCCGGCAGCGACCAGGAAGGCAGCGGCUCCCUCUCCCCGGCGCCGGCUGAGAGCGAGCUGGGCUCGGACGGCGACUGCGCCGCCAACAGCCCGGGCAGCGGGGUCGUGCGGCCGGGGCACCCCCCGCCGCCGCCCCCCGCCCCGCAGCCGCCGCCGCCGCCGGCCGAGAGCGCCAAGGGGAAGCCCUACACGCGGCGGCCGAAGCCGCCCUACUCCUACAUCGCGCUGAUCGCCAUGGCCAUCCGCGACUCGGCCGGCGGCCGCCUGACCCUGGCCGAGAUCAACGACUACCUGAUGAGCCGCUUCCCCUUCUUCCGCGGCGCCUACACCGGCUGGCGCAACUCGGUGCGCCACAACCUCUCCCUCAACGACUGCUUCGUCAAGGUGCUGCGCGACCCGGCGCGGCCCUGGGGCAAGGACAACUACUGGAUGCUCAACCCCAGCAGCGAGUACACCUUCGCCGACGGCGUCUUCCGCCGCCGCCGCAAGCGCCUCAGCCGCGCCGCCCCGCCGCCGCAGCCCGCCCGCCCCGCCGCCGCCGCCGCGCCGCCGCCGCCGCCGCAGGAGGCGGCCGGAGCGGGCGCCGCGUCCCCCGGCGGUUCCCCGCGGUGCUGCUGCGCCUCCUCGCCCUGCAACUGCGCGCCGGGCGCCGCCGCCAAGGAGGCAGCGGCGGUGAGCGGCGGGGCGGCGGCGGCGGCGGGCGGUGGCGGCGCCAAGUUCUCCAGCUCCUUCGCCAUCGAGAGCCUCCUCCGGCGGCCGGCGGGGCCCCGCGCCGCCCCGCAGCAGCAGCCGCCGCCGCCGCACGCCCGCCUCCUCUGGCCGGCGCCGCCCGCGCCCCCGCACCUGCUGCCCGGUCCCUACCCGCUGCUCCCCUACCCACCUGCCGCGCAGCCCCCGCCCGCCGCUGCCGCCGCCCUCUACGGCGGCGGCCUCCUGCAGCUCUGCGCCUACGGGCUGGGCGAGCCGCCGCCGCUGCUGCUGGGGGGCGGGCGGCAGGCGCUGGCCCAGGGCGAGCCGCCGCCGGCGGAGCGGCCGCGGGCGCCGCUCUUCCCCGCCGCCCUCUCGAAGGGCGGGCGGGGGCCGCCGCCCGGCUCCCCGCUCUACGGGCCACUUCGGCUGGCCGGGCCGCUGCAGCCGGCGGCGGGGGGCUCGGCCUCCUUCCAGCCGUACGCCGUGGAGACCCCCCUGGCUUAAUGGAGCCCCCCUCCUCCCCUGCGAGGGGCCUGCCCGGGGAGGCGGGGAGGGGGAAAGGAGGAGGCUCUGGAUCCCGCACUUUAACUCCAGAGGCGACCAAAGCCUCCAAGCAAAAGCCUCGGUGACUGUGCCUUAGUGAAAUGA